GUGGUACACGCAAACCAACAAUAACAAAUAGAAGGUUAUUUACGCAGGAUGUACUGGGGUAAGCAGGAUUGGUUCUACUAGCCCGGAAGUGCACUGUGUGCUGUUCUCCUUAUAAAGCAAUCAUUCGUUGGUGGAAACGGAGUUACUUUACACGACUUCUGACUACAGGCCGGACUUGGCCAAAUCCGCUGUUGCAGGUGUAAUCCGGCAGCCAUUUCCAACUUCGCGCUGUACUUCAAAGUACUGCACAGUGCCGCUGGCUUGUAUGCUAACAUCACGAAAGUACGAAGAGGACACUAAAUUCGCACAUAGCUAUAAGGCGACGUCAGUGAUCCAUUGUUGACAAUGUCUGACAAUCACACUACGAAUCCGCCAAUGCAGCCGGCCUUGCUGUCCAUGGAAGUGGACGAUGACGACUCAUUUCAAAGCGAAUACCGUCUGAGAAUCGGAAACCAAGUCAAAUAUCUCGUUAUCUUUCCCGGAACCUUUGACAGGGACAUACUUUCAUUCCCCCUUCAGUCCCUGCCCCGCCUGCCUUACAAUAAGGAAUGGACCGUAGCCAGCAUCUCACGAGAUAAAACCAGCGGCGACUUGAAAACCUCUCUAGUGAACCGACCACUAGCCGGUGUCGAGGAUCAAUGGCACCAUACCAAGGUUGAUUGCCUAGAAUUGGAGAAGACCAAACAGCUCACGGCAAGGACUUUCGAGGCCCUGUUCCCUUCGACCCUCCCAACCAAUCUCACAUCACCGGCCACCAUAAUUGUCAAAAUAGCCCGUUUCGAAUGGGAACUGCCUCGCAUCGAACAAGAAACAAGAGCAUAUCGGCUACUUGAAGGCCAAGGGCUGGCCCCGCGCUUCCUCGCCCAUGUCCACGAGAAUGGACGCAUCAUGGGUUUUUUGGUGGAGAAAAUAGAGGGACGCUCUGCUUCCUCCCAGGAUCUGGCCGUCUGCGAAGCCGCUCUAGGGAAACUCCACGAACUAGGACUUGAACACGGGGAUGUCAACCGAUACAACUUUCUGGUCACGAAAGAAGGGGUGAAGCUACUCGACUUUGAGCACCUUCGGGAGAAUGCUAGCCCCGAGUCGAUGGACAAGGAAUUGAAGAAGUUGCGUACGGAGUUGGCCGACGAGUCAGGACGCGGCGGAGGUUUCAUUUUCCAAGGCGAUAGCAUCUGAGAUUGAAAAUGGAGACGCACUUACUAGUUCGUGGAUGCGCGUUCAUGCAGCGUGCCAGCGAAUUGUAAGCCGCAGAUGCAGCACCAGAUAAAUCUGAUUGUUGGAACAGCAAAGGCUGAUAAGGAGUAAUAGGCUGGUACCAUGGGCUGGCUGGCACCUGCCCUGGG